UGCACACUCAUGUUGUCAAGUGAAAUAUAUGGGAAAAUGCGAUCUAAUAAAGCUGCUGUGACAUAUUUAUGAUUUUGGAAGGUAUAACAAUAUUUCUCUUUCUAUCAUCAACUGAAGUGACACAUUUGAAUGGUAGACGACUACGCAUGCGCAGUAUCUUUGCAUAUGUUUUGUUAUGUAGUUAAGGUGUAUCCUUAAACAAACCAAUAGGAGCGGAGGCGGUACAACGUUUACGACGAAAGGGAUGAACAUUAUAUAAACGGCAUUCUACUUCACAACUCAGUCAAUUAAAUUUACCCAACGGGCAACACAAAUUAUCAUUAGUCUGUCGAAACCUAAUGCUGAAGAUGGCAAAUUGCAAACAGUCUGGCGUGCGUGUACAUUUCCUAUUGUAUGUAACAGUGUUUUACGUAAUAGUGCCAAUCGUAGCUAUGUCGAGUACCACUUCAGUGCCAUCCGUCGGUACAACUAGCACUCCAGUGCCAUCCGUUGGAACAACUAGCACUCCAGUGCCAUCCGUCGGAACAACUAGCACUCCAGUGCCAUCCGUGGGAACAACUAGCACUUCAGUGCCAUCCGUCGGUACAACUAGCACUCCAGUGCCAUCCGUCGGAACAACUAGCACUUCAGUGCCAUCUGUCGGAACAACUAGCGUUUCAGUGCCAUCCGUCGGAAUAACUAGCACUCCAGUGCCAUCCGUCGGAAUAACUAGCACUCCAGUGCCAUCCGUCGGUACAACUAGCACUCCAGUGCCAUCCGUCGGAACAACUAGCACUCCAGUGCCAUCCGUCGGAACAAAUACCAUUCCAACGUCAACUGUAAUUACUGGUAAUUCAACGGCGACCGAUUCAACGAACACCACUUCAUCGACGUCAGAUUCAGGCAUUCCCUCACUUGAUAAUGGUGCUUUUAAAUUCGGAGGGGGGCUCUUCCUCAACAGCAUCAUCAUUUCAGUCCUCGCUUUACUUUAUAUUGGAUAGAUCCUAUAAAUACCUACAUUGGGACAAUGUUGGUCCAGAUUCACGAAGAGUACAUUGCAAAUCGAAAUAUUAUGAAGAAUGGUUUUUGAUAAUCUACCCGUUGAUGUUUGUGUUUACAAGGUUAAUGACAUGCUAUUCUGAUAACAAUGUGGUUAGCAAGGUAUCCGUGGUUCGUACUGACGUCUACAACAAGUACAUUCUCAUUAUUGAAUAAUCAAUGAUUGUGAUAUGCACGUGUGUUUCGUGAACUGAUUCGUAUUUUUGUCCGUUCCGUCAAUGUCUUAUGCAAUAUUAUGUUUUAUAUCGAAGGCAAACAUGCUUAUUUUAAGUUAUUUUCUUAAGGAGGUCACAAAAGGAGAAAUAUGAGACAAAUGUGUAUAUUAUAUUGUCCUGUGAUAUUAUAUAUAUUUAAAACAAAAUGCUUUGGUAGUGAUGAGUAUAUUGUACCUUUGACUCGUGUGUACACGCCAGAUUGGUGAUGUACACGUUAGCUCUAUUUAUAUAUGUUAUGUCAUAAAUCCGUCCAAAAGACUUAAAACGAUAAAAUAAGAAAAUGUUACUUAUAUAUUUUCAUAUAGAACUACCAUAUACGAUGCAAACCUAAUUGAUAUGUUGGUUUCUUCAUGUGUUUAAUAAAACAAAAUAUGUC